AUGUCUCGACGCCAGACUCCAACAGCCUUUGUGGCACUGCUUCUAACUAGCCUAUCCCACACGGCACUAGCAAUGCCAGUAUCUCGCCUCUACAGGCGCGACAUGAGCACCGGUGCCAAAGCUGGUCUCGGUGUGGGCAUCGCUGUUGCAGCAGUCCUCGUCAUCCUCAUGAUUACUUUCUUCGCCAUCCACCUCCGCCGUUCUCGUCACUUGGCACGAAUCAAUCAAGAGCGAGCUAUCCUCGCAGGAGAAAAGAACGCGGACGGUUCGGACAAGGUCGACAAGUUCGCUCCAGAGGCACCGAAAGCAGGCGGCAUACCCAAACGAAACAAGUCGGUCAAGGACCGCCUCAUGGGGCCCAUGUACCGAGGCAGCACCAUCGAUCUUAUGCCUGUCCCAAGAGCACACACGAACGGCGCGAACCGACAGAGCACCAUGACUCUGGGUGACGGAGACUCAUUCAUCAACAAGCCAUGGGCCAAGGGUGACAGCUCACCCCGACCGAGUUUCAGUAGCAAGCGAGCGACCAGAAUGAUGAUGAUGAUGUGA